AUCAAUAUUCAGUUAGAGGUCUCACGUGAGGUUCAAAUCUGAGUCACCCACUUCGUGACUCAGGACUUGUACCCAGCUAGUCUGGUGCUGUCGGAAGGGGACGAAACCAGGUCCCGCGACCACCCUCGCAGCGCCGCCCUCGCUGGCAUCCAGCGACGCGCGCAGCGCCUGGCCGAGCUGGCCACACCCGAGGCCCGUAGUUGGUGCCGCGCGUCCGGGAGGCCCAUAGCAGAGGAGCUGUCGAAAGGACAAACUGUUCCCCGUGGGCUCGGGGAUCGCUCCCAGAGGCAGGCGCACGCGCACAUUGCGGUGUCUCUUAGCCGUGAGGGGGCGAGACCUUCCGCCUGCGGCUGAUGCUGGGUGCUGAUUGGGCCGCGCCGAGGUGAUGAGUCCAGAGAAGCAAUGAACGAUCUGAAGACGAGGUCUAUCCAAUAAGAGCGAGGAGAGGGCGGGCCUUGACUGUCGCGACACAGAGUUACGGGUGCCGGGCGGCGCGGCGGGUAGAAUGUGUCUUCUGCUGGGCGCCUCUGGUGUGGGGAAGACGCUGCUGGUGAAACGCUUGCAGAAGCUGUGCUCCCAGGAUGGCAAGGGCGACCUGGGGGACCCUCCCCCUACGCGGCACACGGUGGGCACCAACCUUACUGACAUCAUGGCUCCAAGAAAGAUAACCAUUCGGGAGCUCGGAGGGUGCAUGGGCCCCAUCUGGUCUAGUUACUAUGGAAACUGCCAUUCGCUUCUGUUCAUGAUGGAUGUCUCUAACCCCACCCAGCUCUCUGCAUCCUGCGUGCAGCUCUUGGGUGUCCUUUCUGCAGAACAACUUGCAAAAGUGUCAGUCCUGAUUCUCUUCAAUAAGAUUGACCUACCCUGUUACAUGACCACGGAGGAGAUUCAGUCAUUACUCAGGCUUCCAGACAUCAUUGCUUGUGCCAAGCAGAAAAUCACUGUAGCGGAAAUCAGCGCCCGGGAAGGCACUGGCUUGGCCAGGGUACUGCACUGGCUCCAAGACCAGCAUAGAACCAGGUGCUGACAAGUGGAGAAAUGUAGCUGGCUCAGCGGUGGCCAGGAGGCAGAGGAUGGCACUGCGUGGCUCCUGAUGGUUUGUUCUGAUUGGGGCACAAGAGCCCAACAUAGCUCUAGAUGAUAGGUUUCCUUGCUGAGCUGCAUCAGAGGGUAAACUGAGAUACCCAGAACACAGAAACUGCUGCUGCCUGGCCUCUGAAAGAAGGACUAUUCCCGGGGCAGGGAGAGGAUAGACCUGCGGGUGGCUGGGUGUCCUGUUGUCAUCCUGCGAUGGAGCUACUGGGACUCCUUCCAGGAAAUACUUUCUUGGAUGUGCUGCACAAAUCAUGUCACCCCAAAGUUAUAGACUGUCUCAAUCCCCGUCCCAUUGGUACUACAGGGACAGCAAGGUGUGAUCACAGCUAAUACUAUAUGAUGAAAGACAAGUUAACAAAA